CUAAAUUCUCCUCCGUUACGACAUCGCCCAUCUUUCCUUCAACAUUCCCCGGCUGCUUCUUCGACCUGCUGGCAACGCCCACACCGUCCUUUUAAAAAUUAUACCCUUUCCUUCCAUUUUCUUGUGUUUCAAAGCGGAUUUAGACCCUUCUUUCAUUCUCAUAAUGUUCAAGCGUCUGGCUGUCGUCGCCCCGCGUGCCGUGGGCAGAGUCGUCUCGCCUCGUGUCUCGCCUGCUAUCUCCAGUCUACAGGCACAACCGGCACUUCGGCUCCAGAGGAGAGGCUAUCAUGAGAAAGUGCUAGAUCACUAUAACAAUCCUCGCAAUGUCGGAUCCUUUGGUAAGGGUGAGGUCGAUGUUGGCACAGGCCUCGUCGGCGCCCCUGCAUGCGGUGAUGUGAUGAAACUGCAGAUCCGCGUGGACAAGGACACCAAUACGAUCAGCGAUGUCAAGUUCAAGACUUUCGGAUGUGGUAGCGCCAUUGCUAGCUCUAGCUACCUGACUGAACUCGUGCGGGGGAUGACUCUUGAUGAGGCUGGUAAAAUCCGGAACACCGAAAUCGCCAAGGAGCUAUGUCUUCCUCCUGUGAAGCUACACUGCUCCAUGCUUGCUGAGGAUGCCAUCAAAUCCGCCAUUUCCGAUUACUAUACAAAGAACCCCAAGGCCAAGAAGACCGAUCUUAGCGGAACAUCCGCUUCCCUUCCCGAAGUCGAAGCCGUCGCCGAGAAGGCAGCGGCUAGCGCCUAAAUAAAUUGAAAUUGAAAUUGAAACCGAAGAUGAUGAAACGGGGUUGAUAUCCAGGUGCAUGUGGUUUUUCCUUUUCCCGAAAAUGUCAUGGGUGUUCCCAUAUUUCUACGUUUUAAGGGAAUCUAAGAAAUUCGACAUUCGUUUCGACACACGGGGGAGUUGUGUUUCAUCGCACCGAGCAACGGCUUUAUUACCAAUUUGCAGUUUGCACACUGGCUGAGAAUGUCAUGUUGCAGUGAAAAUUGGAGGAGCGCUUGAAAUACGCGCUUAAUUGCCAUUUCCAGACGAACGGGUUUUGUUUGGGUUGUACGUGUACAGAAUAUUUAUCCGUCAAAUUUCCUAUUUUCUCUUUUCUUUUUCUUUUUCUCUCUUUUUCCUUUGUCUGGAAGGGCAAUAUUUCAUUUAUCGUCUUGUACAUGAUUGAGUGAUGGCCGAGGCAAUCGUCUUUUUUUCGUUUUAUUUAUAGGCAAAAUGACAGGGCGCUUGCGUUGAUACUUGGGUA